AUGGGUGCCGCAGUAUACAUCAGAGUGGACAAUCAUCAAUCUGAGCCAUCAAUCAUCUUGGUGAGUGCAAAAACCAAAGUCGCAGCACUUAAGAAAAUGACAAUUCCUCGCUUGGAAUUGACAGCUGCUGUCAUCUUAACCAAUCUGGUCAUCUACAUCAGGAAGAUGCUGGAGAAAGAGAAUCUACAACUCUUUCUUUGGUCUGACUCCACGGUGGCGCUCACAUGGAUCAAUGGACACCCAUCACGGUGGAAGGAUUUUGUUCAGAAUCGAGUGAUCAAAAUCCAGAAUUCAUUACCAGCAGCUGAAUGGAAACAUAUCAGGGGAGUCGAGAACCCAGCAGACUCUGUGGUGGAAUGGUCCAUCAUCGCUGAAAUCAUCAAUGGAAAACUGGCCAUCAUCAACAUCAAUCGAAUCUACGGCAGAAGCAGCACUGGAGGAAAGGCCAGUGUCUGCACAUCCGGUGGCACUGAAUCUGGAGAGACCUCAAGAUUUCUUGGAGAGGUACUCUACACUCGACAGGUUGCUCAGGAUCUCGGCGAGAGUUCUGAGAGUCAUCAACAACAUGAGAGGGGAGCCAGUCCCAAGAGAAUGAGAUCUCUUGAGAGUUUUGGACAAGUCAUCAAUCGCCUCAUCAAUGGACAAGACAUCGCAAAUAAUCAUCCAAUGGCACGGCUGAUUCCUUAUCUGGAUGAGAAUCAGACCAUUCGCCUAGGCGGGCGGCUGAAACGAUCAAAUCUUCAGCCAGAAGCCAGGAACCCAUCAAUUCUACCAAGACAAUCAAGGCUCACAUCACUGGUCAUCGAAGAGGCUCAUCGGAAAACUCUUCAUGGAGGAGUACAGGCGACGUUGGCACACAUCAGACACAAAUAUUGGAUCAUCGGGGGUCGUCAUCCUGUAAAAUCGCAUAUUCGCAAGUGCGUCAUCUGCGCACGACAUCGAGCCAUCAGGGGACAGCAGCUUAUGGGACAGCUGCCUCCAAGAAGAAUCACAUCAGCACGGCCAUUUAAACACGUAGGGGUGGACUACGCAGGUCCUAUGAAAAUCAGCAGAUGGAGAGGAGCAGGAGCUCGACAAUAUCAUGGGUACAUCGCAGUUUUUAUGUGUCUGGCCACAUCAGCAAUUCACCUUGAACUGCUCACAGAUUUAACAUCACAGGCAUUCAUCGAGACAUACAAACGAUUCACUGAAAGGAGAGGUAUCUGUGCUACACUUAGCAGUGAUAAUGCUAAGACAUUCAUGGGAGCAAACAAUGAGCUGGGCAGGCUUUUAGACGAAUCAAGGAAGGAAAUUCAUCACAUCAUCAACGAACUGGCAUCAAACGGCACAAAAUGGACCUUCAUCCACCGGAAUUUAGUACUCACGUACGAGGAACUCAAUACACUCAUCAUCCAAAUCGAGGCGCAACUUAACUCGAGGCCUCUCUGCGCUCUAUCAGACGAUCUUGAUGACUACAGAGCCCUCACACCUGGACACUUCAUCAUUGGGGAACCCAUCAACGCAUUUCCAGAGCCAUCACUCAUCAAUCAGAAAAUGGAAGGUCUCACAAGGUGGAAAAUGAUCGCAAGGAUCGCUCAGCAAUUCUGGGACAGGUGGUCAAGGGAGUGUAUGCAUCAAUAUCAAACCAUCUACAAAUGGAAAAGAUCAACGGAUGACAUCAAGGUCGGAACACUAGUCAUCAUCAUUGACGAGAGGUAUCCACCAACAAAGUGGCCUCUAGGACGAGUAUCACGGGUUCAUCAAAGUGAUGACAAUCUCACAAGUGUGGUAGACAUCACCACUGGGGCAGGAGGUGCAAAUACCUACACCAGACACAUCAACAAGGUGGUUCCGUUACCAGUCAGCACAGAGGAGGAAGUACCAGAGGAUCAUUCAUCAUCCUCCGAUGAUGAAGGCGGGCGGAAUGUAUAA